UUAAAAAUUCUCUUACACUAUAUGUAAAUAGCCCCCGUAGCAGCUCUGUAGGUGUUUUGGUUUCUCUAGUGCCAUCUAGCGGUGAAAUUCACAACUCGUCACUUCUUCAUUCAACAUUCAUCGGGUUAGUUUCUUCUCUCAAUUGCUGGGUAAACAAGAUGUCUUCCGCGGAACAGUUCGCUGGCGAAGAGCAUUCUAAGAUUUAUGCCAAAUUUCGCCGAGACACUCCAAUGUUGAUGGCUGAAAAAAUUGUCUCCUACUUAAAGGAAAAGUAUGACGGACCGAUGGACCUCGCAAUCGAUGUUGGCUGCGGCUCUGGGCAAGGCACAGUUAUAUUGGCUCCAUUCUUCAAGAAAGUCCAUGGGUCGGACAUCGCAGAGAGCCAAAUCAAAGCAGCUAAUGAAACCCGUGCAAGGCCGAACGUUACUUACUCCUUUGAACCCUCUGAAAAGCUGGACUUUCCCGAUGGGUCUGCGCAACUCGUGACUGCCGGAUCAGCCCUCCAUUGGUUCAACAUUGACGCCUUCUUCCCGGAGUGUCGUCGCGUCUUAUGCAACAAUGGCGUCUUCGCCGUCUACAUCUACUACGCCAUUAAACCCCUCGUCGACGAUCCCGAACAAGCUGCCAAAAUAGAUGAGCUCUAUGAAAGUCAUUCUUCGAUGACUUUAAAGUAUCAUGCUGUACAAGCUAAAAUAGCAUUCAACAGAUACAAGGAUGUCAACUUUCCUUUUGAGGAGGUACACCGAGUACCCGACGUGAGAGAUAUAUAUGAUGGCCACCUUGAUGACGUAGUCGGCUACAUCCAAUCAUGGUCAGGCUUUCAAAACUUCCUCAGAGAGCAACCAGAAAAAGCCAAAGAGUAUGUUGCAACUUUUGAAAGAAAGUUGAAAGCUAUUGCUAAAGCCUGCAACUUGUCUGAAACUGAGCCCAUCAAAUUGUACAGGGACUUUCUUUUGAUUAUCUGCAGGAAGACUGAAAAGUAACCCCAUAUAAAGAAAAAAAGAAAGCUGAUAAACAAUUAAAGUGUCUGUAAGAAUAAUGUUGAAAUAAAUACUUAUAUUUUUGCAUGUU